GAUCUAUCGCCACAAAGAUAUUGGUGACAUUAACAAUGAUGAGCUUUAUUCACUGUUCUCGUUUGAACUUUGCAUUUUCAACUUUUUGGCUAACGUUGUUCUAUAUGAUGCUGGCUCAAUGCGUCAAAGGAGGAACAGUUGUCGAGGGUGAUAAUAUUGACACUCCACCUGGGUCGUCAGCUGUGUAUCCCAAUAUGCCCAACAAUGCAUCCACAGUGGUAGAAUCAACUGAGGCUACUUUUGACACUCCACCUGGGUCGUCAGCUGUGUAUCCCAAUGUGCCCAACAAUGCAUCCACAGUGGUAGAAUCAACUGAGGCUACUUUUGACACUCCACCUGGGUCGUCAGCUGUGUAUCCCAAUGUGCCCAACAAUGCAUCCACAGUGGUAGAAUCAACUGAGGCUACUUUUGACACUCCACCUGGGUCGUCAGCUGUGUAUCCCAAUGUGCCCAACAAUGCAUCUACAUUAGUAGAAUCAACUGAGGCUACUUUUGACACUCCACCUGGGUCGUCAGCUGUGUAUCCCAAUGUGCCCAACAAUGCAUCCAGAGUGGUAGAAUCAACCGAUGCUACUAAUAUCACUGCAAAUGAAACCUCAGCUAUGUAUCCCACUUCGCCAACCAUGGUAAAAUCAAAAGAGGGUACUACUAUUACUCUACCAGAGUCGACACUUGUAAAACCCAAUCCGCCUACCAUGGUAGAAUCAACUGAGGCUACUUAUGACACUCCACCUGGGUCGUCAGCUGUGUAUCCCAAUGUGCCCAACAAUGCAUCUACAUUUGUAGAAUCAACUGAGGUUACUUAUGACACUCCACCUGGGUCGUCACCUGUGUAUCCCAAUGAUGUGCCCAACAAUGCAUCCACAGUGGUAGAAUCAACUGAGGCUACUUUUGACACUCCACCUGGGUCGUCAGCUGUGUAUCCCACUUCGCCCACAAUGGUAGAAUCAACAGAGGGUACUACUAUUACUCCACUUGAGUCGACACUUGUUAAGCUCGAUUCGGUCUCCAUGGUAGAAUCAACUGGGGGAACUAACACUAGUGAAAACGCAUCCUCAGCUGUGUAUCCCACUGCACCCACCAUGGUAGAAUCAACUUAUGUUUCUAAUACCACUCAACCUGGGUCGCCAGCUGUUUAUCCUACCAUGGUAGAUUCAACUUUGGGCACUUCUACUACCCCACCUGAGUCGACACUUGUAAAACCCAAUGCGGUCUCCAUGGGAGAAUCAAAUCUGGCUGCUCACACCACUCCACCUUGGACGUCAACUGUAGCACCCAUUGUUCAAUCAACUCUGAGUACUUAUGGCUUUCCCACUGUGUCGUCACUUGUAACCCCCAUUGCGGCCACCACUUCAGAUUCAACUCAGAAUCCUGCUUUCCCUCCAAGGAGUUUUACUUUUGUAAAUAAUCGACCAGGAAGUACGUUGAAAAAUACCUCAAGUGAUACAAAUGCUUUGAGAAAAAAAAUCGAUUUUAUCAACAGCCCCUCAAAUCAACCAAGCUUAAAAAAAGAAAAUAAGAAAUACCAUGCAGAAGAUGAUGACACGACUCAUGUUUUUAAAGAUGAAGCAAAGAAUAACACUAAUCAUGAUUCGAUGUCUGUGAAAAAGAAUGACACAUAUUCAUAUGAUUUCGGUAAUAACAGUACCGAGGAACGUUCCAACAAGUCUACUAUCACUCCUAUUUAUGGAGUUACUAAGCCUGACGGUACGAUGGCUAAUUCACCCCUAAAUGGAGCCACUAACUCAAACUGGAUUUCAGAUCUCUUCAUUGCUCAGGCAGUGAUUAGCUUCGUUGUGUACGUCAUCCUGAUGGUACUCUUGGCGAUUUUGGUUGGAAGACGUCGUAAAGCAAGGGUCCACAGGCGUAAUUUAGGAUUGGAACUGGACAAUGUUGCCUAAACCAUGAGUGCUGCAUAUGAAAAAAGGAAAACAAAACAAGUGUUAAAUAAUUAAGUGAGAUUUCUUGGAUGCCUUACAAGUCGUUAAAUUAGUUAACACUUUAUUUUUUUUUCAAUUUUCUUUUUGACUAUAAAACAAGAACAGCAUUGUGUGGUGUUUUAAUAAUGUUUACCCAAAAACGUUUUUGUAGAUAUUUUAAAGUAAUUUAAAAGCCUAAAAAGUUCUUUUUUUCAGAAUGUAUCUUUUUAUUUUUU